AUGGCCGAUGAUCAUUCGGAUAGCUCACUAACUUCGAUCGAUGACGAGCGGACAGACAAUACGGAAAAUCUGUGCGAAAAUCCAACCCGAGACAUCCUGACGGAGGGAUUCUUCCGUCUCUUCAAACCUGUGAUCGAUGAGCUGGAAAAUAAUAUUCGUGGCGCGAGUAAAACGCAGAGCGAACUACGCCAACAGCUUGAGGAACUGUCCGGUGAAAUGAAGAAUCUUAACUUUGAAAACGAUCCGGUACUGCACGAAUACUUCAAACGUAUGGUGCGCGUGAAGCAGAAAGUCGUUGUGAUAAUGAACAUACUUCAAGGGGCACAGGAAAGGCUUGUCACGCUGUGCCAGCAGCAGGAAAUUCAAGCUCCCGGUGUGCCCAGCACGUGA